AUGGGAAAGCUUAUUUUUCCAGAUCCUGUUGAACCAGCUCCAGAUCCGAAAUAUAUGAGACAAAAUCUUGACGAAAGUGGAUGGAAGAACAUCAGAAUCAAGUUAAACUACAGUUACAUCACAGGUGAACUCCAUAAUUCACUCUCAUGUUAUGAAGUAGGCCAAAUUAUUGAUCUUGGUAAGGAUAUUAUAAAUCUCACUAUUAUAAUGAAUGAUCAUAAAGAAUUUGCAGAAAAAUUCCUCAAAGUUAUUUCAAUUCCAAACAAAGAUUAUGACCUAGAAUAUAUAGUUAAAAUUACGAGAUAUCCAAGCGAUUCUUCUAUUUAA